GAUAGGUCACAGCUCGAGACAACCUCGCCGUCAUCGAUGCCGCCAUCGACGACUUCUCUGUACCUUCUCCGACCGCCAAAAUGCCGUCCCUUCCCUCAUCUUCCUUCUCCUCCUUCCAAACCCGGCCCGCAGUGAUCACGGCAAUUAGGCCAUACUUCGACACCGCCCUGUGUGCUUGUCCCAACUUGAUCUCUUCAUCCUUACUGACUCCGAGUGCUCACGACAAUCGCAAUUCCUGUUGCGACAAUCGAGAGUAGAUUUGUCGUAGCUUUGCGCCCUCGCUCCUAGAAAUACAACGCAUUCCCCGAGACCCAUUCCCCGAGGCCCUCUUUGCAACUCCCAGCAACAACGACAACCACCACUACACCAACGAUCAUGUCUUCUGCCACAGGGCUUCCAGAACCACCCCCACGAGGCGAUGGCGACAACGAGUUCGAGCCUCUUCUCGGUCGACCUGGCGACGCCCAGCAGGAACCGGGUGAAUUCAUCGCCAGGAACCUCAUUAUCGGCACCGGCAUCAUCGCCCAAUUCGGCGCCGUCAUCUUCGUUGCCAUGAUCUGGGCCGCCGUGCUGACGAAGGACGUAAUCCUCUUUUCUGGCCACCCGCUCGCGCAGAGUCUCGCCAUCUUCACCCUCACCCAGUCGAUCCUCUCGCUGCAGCCGACGCACACUCCUGAGCAGAAGCGCGUCGGCCAGCGCGUCCACGCCGGCCUUAACCUGCUCGCCUUCCUCUUCCUUGUCGCCGGCGUCGGCAUCAUCGAGUACAACAAGUAUCUGCAGGGCCCAGACUCCCACUUCCACUCCGUUCAUGGCUACCUAGGCGUCACCGUCUCCAUCAUCCUCUUAUUGCAGUACAUUGUCGGCUUCACAAUGUGGGCUACCCCGAAGUUGUACGGGGGCGAGGAUACCGCCAAAUCAAUCUGGAAGUACCACCGCUGGAGCGGCUACGUCGUUCUUGUGCUUCUACUCGUGACGGCCGCGACAGCCAUUGACACCGGUUUCAACUAUAAUGUAUUGAAGCUGAAGCUCUGGGCUGUCGUCGUAACUUCUCUCUUGAUCCUCGUGGGUAUCAUCCCGCGCGUGCAAAAGCAGAAGCUUGGAUUGUCGUCUUGAAUCUGGCGGGAGUUGGCUUCAUUGGUACCGGCUCAAUAUGGAUGCCGGUCUUCGCAAGUCACUUUGACCUAGAUUAGUUCGCCUCAAACAAUGAACGAGGAGAGAGGAAAGGGAUACCGGCAAAGCUAAACUGAAGGGAACGGGUAGUUUUGCAAUUUGGUCAAAGUCAAGAUCGCAUAAGCGUUUGCUUUAUAGGUGUGGCUUUUUGAGAAUUCACAUUAUGGGAUCAAGUCGCAGGGGUCUGUCGCUGUCAGGCGUCGUUAGUAAUCUGUGGAAUUAUCUCGUAGCGUUUGCCAGUUGCGUAGUGAUCAUUUGAUUCUUUACCUAACCUCCG